AGAGAGAGAGAGAGAGAGAGAGAGAGAGAGAGAGAGAGAAAAAUAUAUUUAUGACAGGGAGCGACGUGAAUGCUAAUCCGCGCUAGACUGUAGACAGCAGUGUAUGUUUGUGCGUGUGCGUGUGCGUAUCACACAGCACCGAGACACCACAGCACUCGCGUAUCACGGGGGCUUGCGUGCGCCGGAGACACAAGGACGGGUUCAUUCAUCUUUCUAAUGCAACAACGGCGUAUGAACAAGCGGAACAAUUAGAGAAAAACAAAAUCAACGGGGCUUCCUUUUAUAUAUAUUAUGUAUUGUCUGUCUGUUUUAUGUGUGAUUUCUAAUAGAACUGUCAACAUCGGCUGUUGAUUUUUUUUUAAGCGACUGCAGCAACAGUAGCGAAAAAAAACCCACACAUCUCAUCAACGCUGCCACCCAAUCCAAUCCAACCGGGCUGAGCCGAGGACUGAGGAGGACGGGCGAGCCAAGCAAAGCGCACGACGCGUUUAAUUUAAUAUAUAUGUACCUCAAUGCAGAUACAGACACAUCUACUCAAAGAAACACACACGGUUACCGCCGCUGCGCUCGCUGGCGUGUCUGCUAAGCCCCUCGAUUCGGUCCGCAGUCUCUCUCUCUCACACACACAGCGCCACGAUGCAGGUCUCCAUGGCUUGCACGGAGCACAACCUGAAGAGCCGGCUCAGCGAUGAUCGGUUAUGCGGGGUGCGUUCGUCCUCUUCCGCGGCGGCGGGGGGCAGUUGCCCCAGUGGCGGGCAACUGGGCAACGGGAGCGGGCAUUACCAUCACCCGCAAGUCAAAGGGCGGACGGCGGUGUCGGUGGCCGUGCCGACUCGAAACGGGUACCAUAGCCUAGCCCACCUGCCGAUUUUCUUGAAAGAGACGACCGGGCGCAGCACGGGAAUGAAAUACAGAAACCUGGGGAAGUCUGGGCUCCGGGUCUCCUGUGUGGGUUUAGGAACAUGGGUCACGUUUGGAUCGCAGAUCACCGAUGAGACCGCGGAGAGUCUGGUGACGCUGGCGUACGAGAGCGGAGUGAAUCUCUUCGACACGGCCGAAGUCUACGCGUCAGGGAGAGCGGAAACUACCCUGGGAAACAUACUUAAGAAAAAAGGAUGGAGGAGAUCCAGUUUUGUCAUCACCACCAAGAUUUACUGGGGAGGACAGGCUGAGACUGAGAGAGGGCUGUCCAGGAAGCACAUCAUCGAAGGUCUGAAGGGCUCCCUGGACAGGCUGCAGCUGGACUAUGUGGACAUCGUGUUCGCAAACAAGACGGACACCAACUGCCCCAUGGAAGAGGUGGUCCGCGCCAUGACGUUCGUUAUCGAUCAUGGGAUGGCAAUGUACUGGGGCACGUCCCGCUGGAGCGCAAUGGAAAUCAUGGAGGCGUACUCCGUGGCGCGGCAGUUCAAUCUGAUCCCUCCGAUCUGCGAGCAGGCCGAGUACAACCUGUUCCAGCGGGACAAGGUGGAGGUGCAGCUCCCCGAACUCUUCCACAAGAUCGGGGUGGGCACGAUGACCUGGUCCCCCCUGGCGUCGGGUCUCAUCACGGGGAAGUACUGCGAGAGGGUUCCUGACUCUUCCAGAGCUGCGAUGAAGGGGUACCAGUGGCUGAAAGAGAAGCUGGGGAGUGAGGAAGGCCAACGACAGCAAUCGAAAAUAAAAGAGCUCCACCUGCUGGCUGAUAGAAUGAACUGCACCAUCACCCAGCUAGCCAUUGCGUGGUGCCUGCGCAGUGAAGGGGUCAGCGCUGUGCUCCUCGGGGUCUCCAGCGUGGAGCAGCUUGUCGAAAACCUGGCGUCCAUACGGGUCUUGGGCCACAUGAACCCCCAAACUGUGAGCGAAAUCGACAGCAUUCUGGGGAACAAGCCUCACGCCAAGAAGGAACCGCGGGCGUGAGGAGAGAGGGAGAGAGAGAGAGAGAGAGAUUUCCUCUCUGCUUUCAUCUAUGCAUGUCUUUACAACAUAUCGCUUCUAUAAUAAUAAUAAUAAUAAUAAUAAUGAUAAUAAUAAUGAUAAUGAUGAUGAUGAAAACAAUCUGCAGCAGCCUUCUUUCAAUCCUCUUCCUCCUCGCAUCCUUUUCGACGGACGGGAGACGCUCUUUCUCCUCCUGAACAGCAUCAGUCCUUCUCUUCCACAGGACCGGCUGUAUAUCUCCAGCACCUAGCAGGGCUGUCUUAUUCUAAACCAAUCAGCUUCUAGGCUCCAGCCCCUUAAGAGCAGGCGUGGUCACGGCCGGCCGAUGGGAAGGAGGCAUGCCCCCCCCCCCCCCCCCAGCACCCCCACCCCUAGGGACAGUCAAAGUCAGUCUGGAAGAAUAAGGGAAUACUGUGAAAAAAUAUAACAUUUCAAAACUCAGCACUGUGAUUAGACUAUUCAGAGUGGGCGGGACUGGAUUUGCAACUGGUGGCUGGUGAUUGGCUCUACUGGCUUGGAAGGUGAAACGGCAGCCGAGGCCAGCUGACUCUGUAUACAGUAAACUGCCCAGCAUGCACUGGGACAUUAUUUAUAUAGGAAUGCAAUCUAUAUAUAUCUAUAUAUAAUGUGUGUGUGGUGUGUUUCUCUCUCUGUGGAGAGACAAGCUGUAUUAAUGAAUCCUCCAGUCUUCCAUUAGCUUGCUGUGUGUUUAUAUAGCGACUAGCGCACCUGAACUGGGUCGAUUUCAUGAACCAGAAAAGCCGUCCUUCCCUCAGCUUUACAAUCAGAGUACCAACAUCCAAGAAGGUUAACUCCUUUAUUUUUUUAAAGCCGAUCGGAAGCGAAUUUUCCUGAAGUGCUUUUUCAUGCCGGCGCCCCGGAUGAGAGGACGUCUCGGAUUGUAAAGGCGAGGGAAGGACGGCUUUUCUCGCUUUUUGAAAUCUGUGCGCUGACGAAUGGGUUUGUUUGAUUGAUUUAAACGCGGCGCAUCUUAAAGGCGGCUACGAGUAUGCGUGAAUCCGCACACACACACACACACACUCCUAAUUUGCUCUGAAGAGAGCUAUUCUAAAUGACUUCCCCUUUAAGACAGCUAUUCUAAAUGACUUCCCCUUUAAAGAGAGAGCUAUGCGGUGUUCAGUACAGCGCAAAACCAGCAGCAACAGAAGUGACUCUGGGAGGGGAAAAAGAAAUGUGGAUUAUCUGUGUGUUUGUGUUUGCUUGUUUGUAAAUAAUAUAUACACUGUAUUUAUUGCAAUGCGAAUGUUUAAAAUAUCUAAUUUAACAAAUAAAAAUACAACUCUGAAAAUG